GGGAUCUCCCACGCCAAGGAGGAGAGGAAAGGGAGUACAUCCAUGCCUUUGGGCUGGGGGCACCGGGCCCCAUCCUGACCCGCAUUGCUGGCUCUGUGGGAGCCCUGUGCUCCCUGGGGACUGCGGUCCCCAGCGCUGCCCUCAAAGCGGUGACCCUGGCCGGGUGCAGGAUGCGGAGCCUGGUCUGGCUGGGCAUCGCCAGCCUGUGUCUGGGGGCAGCUUGGGCUGUCCCAACCAAGGAGGAGGGGAGGAAGGCAGAGAAGCCAAAAGCUGAUCUUAUACUCUACGAAAACCUGGACCUGGACGACUACGACCUGACGUUGGACAACUACGGUGAGAUCCUCGACCUGAACAACUAUGAGGAGCUCUACGACUACGGUGACCUUGCUCCGAAGAUCGAGGUUGGCACGCUGGCUCCUCGCCCCAAGGACCCUGCGGCUCUCCCAGAUCGGGGCAUCACGGCUGAAAUCCCAAAGCUGCAGCCUCCAACCACCGCAGGCCCCAUCCGCCCAGCACCCGUCCCCGGGCAGGGCCUGCCCAGCUGCCUGCUCUGCCUGUGCAUCAGCACCUCCGUCUACUGCGACGACGUCGACCUGGAGCACAUCCCGCCGCUGCCGCCGGAGACCACCUACCUCUACGCCCGCUUCAACCGCAUCGGCACAGUCCGGGCCAGCGAUUUCACAGGGCUGAAGAAGCUGAAGCGAAUAGACCUGACCAGCAAUUUCAUCUCCUGGGCGGAUGCGGACGCCUUCCGCCUGCUCCCCAGCCUGCAGGAGCUCAUCCUGCCCAAGAACAGGCUGACGGUGCUGCCCGAGCUGCCCAGCACCAUCAUCCGGCUGGAUGCUCGUCUCAACAGGAUCCCCAGCACCGGCCUCCGGCCCGAAGCUUUCCGGCAGGACCUGAAGCAGCUGCAGUUUCUCCAUCUGUCCGAUAACCAGCUGGAUUAUAUCCCAGUGCCCCUGCCCGAGAGCCUGCGGUCCCUGCACCUCCAGAACAAUAACAUCCAGACCAUGCAUGAGAACACAUUCUGCAACAGCCAAGACCACAGCCAGAUCCGCAGGGCGCUGGAGGACAUCCGUCUCGACGGCAACCCCAUCAACCUCAGCCUCUUCCCCAAUGCCUAUUUUUGCCUGCCCCGCCUGCCCACAGGCCGUUUCUUCUGAGCCCCCAGCGCUGGGAAACGAGGGUGAACGUUCCUGGACCCACCGUGCCCCCACCCCAGACCCCCUUGGAACCUGCUGCCCCAUGGAAAACGUGAGGUUAAGGCAGAUGCAUUUAACCCCGGUGUGAGCUGAGCCUCUGUGUAGAGGUGAAUGUGGUCCCAGGGCAAAUGGAGCAAGGGAUGGGCAGUUCUAAUAAAAUGAAGACUUUGAAAACGCA